AUGAAUGUACAAGCUUGCUCUAGGUGUGGGUAUGGAGUGUACCCUGCUGAGAAGAUCAACUGUCUAGAUCAGAUCUGGCACAAAGCAUGUUUUCACUGUGAAGUUUGCAAGAUGAUGCUCUCAGUUAAUAACUUUGUGAGUCACCAGAAAAGACCAUACUGUCACGCCCAUAACCCCAAGAACAACACUUUUACAAGUGUCUAUCACACGCCAUUAAGCCUAAAUGCGAGAAAAUCUACAGAAGCCAUGCAUGGGAUCGGUGGCCAAUACAACGGUGAGCAGUUUAAAUCAUUUUUUCAAUGGGACAUGAACUCCAAGGAUGGAGCAGCUGCACCUCACAGGCAACCGCUGGUGAAUGAGAGAACUUAUUGGAAUGGAUAUGGAGAAGGGAACACUUGGUGCCCAGGAGAUCUGCCCGACCCUGAAAUUGUAAGGAUGGUCGAGGAUCGAAAGACUCUUGGUGAGGAAUUAACAGAUGACUAUGAGCAACAGAAGGGCAAGGGAAGCUUUCCAGCCAUGAUCACACCUGCUUAUCAAAGGGCCAAGAAAGCCAACCAGUUGGCUAGCCAAGUAGAAUACAAGAAAGGGCAUGAUGAACGUGUCUCCAGGUUCACCACUGUGGCGGAUACCCCUGAGCUGCUUCGUGCCAAGGCCGGGGGACAGCUUCAAAGUGAUGUGAGAUACACAGAGGACUAUGAACAACAGAGAGGGAAGGGGAAGGGCAGCUUCCCGGCCAUGAUCACGCCAGCUUAUCAGAACGCCAAGAAAGCCAAUGAACUCGCCAGUAAUAUAAAAUACAGACAAGACUUCAAUAAGAUGAAAGGUGCGGCCCAUUAUCACUCCCUUCCCGCCCAAGACAACUUGGUCCUCAAGCGAGCUCAGAGUGUGAACAAGCUUGUGAGCGAUGUGGAGUAUAAGAAGGAUCUGGAAAGCAGUAAAGGUCACAGUAUCAACUACUGUGAAACACCUCAAUUCAGGAACGUGAGCAAGAUCUCAAAAUUCACCAGUGAUAAUAAAUAUAAAGAAAACUACCAGAAUCACAUGAAAGGUCACUACGAAGGAGUCGGUAUGGACAGACGGACUCUCCACGCGAUGAAAGUCAGAAAUCUGGCAAGCAAUGUCGCCUACAAGGCCGACUACAAGCACGACAUCGUUGACUAUAACUACCCUGCCACGCUCACUCCUUCCUAUCAAACCACGAUGAAGUUGGUUCCCUUGAAAGAUGUCAACUACAGGCAAAGCAUUGACAAGUUGAAGUACAGCUCUGUGACUGACACCCCUCAGAUUGUUCAAGCCAAAAUCAACGCCCAGCAACUGAGUCACGUGAAUUACCGUGCUGACUAUGAGAAAAAUAAGUUGAAUUACACGCUGCCACAGGAUGUGCCUCAGCUGGUGAAGGCCAGAACCAAUGCUGCUCUGUUCAGUGAGGUUAAAUACAAAGAAGGCUGGGAGAAGACAAAGGGGAGAGGGUUUGAGAUGAAGCUGGAUUCCAUGUCUCUGCUGGCCGCCAAAGCCUCAGGAGAGCUCGCUAGCAAUAUUAAGUACAAAGAAGAAUAUGAAAAAAACAAAGGCAAAGUCACGGGGGCCUCAGAUUCCAGGCUUCUGCACUCUCUGCAAGUGGCCAAGAUGAGCAGUGAGGUGGAAUACAAGAAAGGUUUUGAGGAGAGUAAGACCCACUUUCACCUACCCAUGGACAUGAUAAAUAUCAGGCAUGCUAAAAAGGCUCAAGCGCUGGCCAGUGACCUGGACUACAGGGAGAGACUUCAUGAAUACACCGUGCUUCCCCAAGACAUGAAGACCGAGUGGGCCAAGAAAGCCUACGGGCUCCAGAGUGAGCUGCAAUACAAGGCUGACCUGGCAUGGAUGAAAGGGGUCGGGUGGCUGACCGAGGGUAGCCUCAAUUUGGAACAGGCCAAGAAGGCUGGACAGCUGGCUAGCGAGAAAAACUACAGGCAGAGGGUGGAUGAGCUGCAGUUCACCAGUGUGACUGACAGCUCCCAGAUGGAGCACGCCAAGAGGAGCCAGGGGCUGCAGAGUGGGGUGGCCUACAAGGCAGAAAAUGAGCAGUCCAUGCACCAGUACAACAUCAGCAAGGAUGAGCCUCUCUUUGUACAGGCCCGGGCCAACGCUGCCAACCUCAGUGAGAAACUAUAUAAGAGCAGCUGGGAAAACCAGAAGGCGAAAGGCUUCGAGCUCCGUCUUGACUCCUUGGCCUUCCUGGCAGCCAAAGCCAAGAGGGACCUGGCCAGCGAGGUGAAGUACAAGGAGGAUUAUGAGCGGUCCAGAGGGAAACUCAUCGGGGCGAAUGGUGCCCAGGGGGAUUCGCAAAUAAGCCACUCGCUGCAAAUGUCCAAGCUGCAGAGCGAGCUAGAGUAUAAGAAGGGUCUCCAGGACUCCAGGUCUCAGUGCCACGUCUCCCUGGACAUGAGCCAGCUGGUGCACGCCCGCCAGGCUCAGCGCCUCGCCACGGACGUGGGCUACAGGACAGCGCUGCACCACUUCACGGCUUUGCCCACAGACAUGAAAGUGGAAUGGGCCAAGAAGGCGUACAGCUUACAGAGCGACAACCAAUACAGGGCAGAUGUGAAGUGGAUGAAAGGCACAGGCUGGGUCGCCACCGGGUCAUUAAAUGUGGAGCAGGCGAAGAAGGCAGGAGAACUCAUUAGCGAGAAGAAGUACCGUCAGCAACCAGAUGCUUUGAAGUUUACCAGUAUUAAAGACACUCCAGAGAUGGUCCAGGCCAGAAUUAGUUAUACCCAAGCAGUGGAUAGGUUAUACAAGGAGCAAGGAGAAAACAUAAAGCAUCAUUACACGCAGACCACCGACCUCCCUGAAGUCCUGCUGGCCAAGUUGAAUGCCAUGAAUAUCAGUGAGACGCGUUACAAGGAAUCAUGGAGCAAACUUCGGGACGGUGGCUACAAGCUGAGACUGGAUGCCAUUCCCUUCCAGGCAGCAAAGGCUUCUGGUGAAAUCAUUAGCGAUUACAAAUACAAAGAGGCAUUUGAGAAAAUGAAAGGACAAAUGCUUGGCUCCCGGAGCUUGGAAGAUGAUAUCAGCCUCGCGCAUUCAGUCCACGCGAACUCGCUGCAGAGUGAAGUGAAUUACAAGAAAGGCUUUGAACACUCAAAGGCACAGUUCCAUCUGCCGCUGGACAUGGUCACCCUGGUGCAUGCCAAGAAGGCGCAGACCCUGGCCAGCGACCAGGACUACAGACAUCCACUCCCCCAGCACACGUCCUUGGCAGAAGACCUGAGGCUGAGCUGUGCCAAGAAAGCCCACCAGUUACAGAGUGAGAACUUGUACCGGUCGGACCUGAACUUUAUGCGAGGUGUGGCCUGUGUCAUUCCAGGCACCUUGGAGAUUGAAGGGAGGAAGAAAGCCUCUGAGCUCAUCAGCGAGAGUAAAUAUCGUCAGCACCCCCAGACAUUCAGGUACACAGCGGUGACAGACACCCCCAGUCUCCUUCACGCCAAGCUCAGCAACCAGAUUACCAAUGAGCGCCUCUACAGAGCAGCCGGGGAGGACGCCCAGCACCAGUACACCGUGACUCCAGGCCUGCCAGAGCUUGUCCGAGCGAAAACGAAUGCGGCCAACCUGAGUGACGCAAAGUACAAGGAGUCUUGGCGUAAUCUCCAUGCUCACGGCUACAAGCUGACAGCAGACGCGCUCCCCUUCCAGGCGGCCCGGGUCUCCGGAGACAGAGCCAGCGAUUUUCUCUACAGAAACGACUUCGUGAAGGAGCGAGGGAGGCUGAUCGGGGUCCAGAGUGUGAGUGACGACCCCCACCUCCAGCACUGCCGGCGGAUGGGCCAGCUGCAGAGUGAGCUUCAGUACCGGAGGGAAGCCGCAGGCAGCCAGGCCCAGUGCCACCUGCCCAUGGACAUGAUGCACCUGGUGCAUGCUCAGAAGGCCCAGGCCCUGGCCAGCAACCACGACUACAGGACGCAGCCCCACGGGUUCACGGCACUGCCUGAGGACUUAAGGAUGACCUGGGCCAAGAAAGCUCAUGCCUUGCAGAGUGAGUCGCGCUACAAGUCAGAUCUGAUGGGCAUGAAGGGGACAGGAUGGCUGGCUCUGAGAUCCCCCCAGAUUGAGAGUGCAAAGAAGGCUGGAGAACUGAUCAGCGAGACCAAAUACCGUAGAAAACCAGAUACCAUCAAGUUCACUACAGUGGUUGACUCACCAGACCUGGUUCAUGCCAAGAACAGUUCUGUGCACUGCAACGAGCGUCUGUAUAGGUCUGGGGGUGCGGAUUCCCUGCACAGAUACACCCUGAUCCCUGACCACCCAGACUUCGCCAGGGCCCGCCUCAACGCGCUGCAUCUGAGCGAUAAAGUCUACAGAAACUCUUGGGAACAGAUGCGAGCUGGUGGCUAUGACUUCAGGCUGGAUGCCAUCCCAUUCCAAACUGCCCGGGCAUCCAGAGAAAUCGCCAGUGAUUUCCACUACAAAGAGGCCUUCCUGCGGGACCGGGGCCUGCAGAUCGGGUACCGCAGUGUCAACGAUGACCCAAGGAUGAAACAUUUCCUUAACGUCGGCAAACUGCAGAGUGACAACGAGUAUAAGAAGGACUUUGCCAAGAGUCGGUCCCAGUUCCACAGCCGUCUGGACCAGCCGGGGUUCCUCCAUGCCAAGAGGAGUCAGCAGUUGGCCAGUGAUGUUUGCUACCGGCAACCCCUGCCCCAGCCCACUUGCGACCCUGACCAGCUGGGCCUGAAACACGCACAGAAGGCCCACCAGCUACAGAGUGAUGUCAAGUACAAAGCAGACUUGAACCUGACCAGAGGUAUUGGGUGGACCCCUCCCGGCUCCUACAAAGUGGAAAUGGCUCGGCGGGCUGCAGAACUGGCCAACGCGAGGGGUCUGGGCCUCCAGGGGGCUUAUGGAGGGCCAGAGGCUAUGGAGACUGGAGAUAAUCGGAGGGGGGAUGUGAACCCAGAUGCCACGGAAAUUCUGCACGUCAAAAGGAGGAGGGCUAUGCUGUUGUGAGUGAGCGCUGUCCACCAGGCUCCUUGGGACUGAAGCUAGAGAGGAAAUUUGCAGGGCUGAGAUGUGGGAAGAUGCUGCAGUCUGGAUGAGCCACGAGGACGCACCCACCCACCCCCCAGA